AUGAAAAUGAAAAAUAUAAUUUAAUAAUAACAUUAAUUAUGUUUAACCAAACAAGCCCAAGUAGAAAAUUUAGAAUAAGAUAAGAAAGUAAGAAAGAAUUAAAUUUUGGAAUUGAUUAAAUUUUUUGAAUAAGAUUAAAUACAAAUCGAUAUUGCAUAAUAAUUAUCUUAUUAGCUUGAACAUGUAACUUUCGAUUUAUCACUUGGUGAUAAUACUAGAGAAUAUAGAAAUAGAUUAUAUUCAAUUAAAAUAAGAUUAAAUGGUACUAAAGGUAAUUUCAUUAAUAUAAAUUUAGGACAAUUUAUUAGAUCAGUUCUAUUAUAAGGAAUUAUGAUUCCAUUAGAGUUGAUGGUUUUGGAUAUGUCUAAAUUAAAUGAAAUAUCUAUCCAAUCUUUUUUGGAAUCAAAUAAUAGAUAAUUUCCUUAUAAGAAUAUCUCAAAUAUAUAAGCAUAGAAAAUAGUUGUGAAUAUAGAUAUUACUUAAAAUACAUAAGGAACGUAAUUGGAAUCAAUUGAUCUUUUAAAAAUCACUUCAUAAAAAGAGUAUGUUGAAGUAGAAAAUUAUAAUUAUUUUAACUAAAAUAAAUCUACUGAUUUAAUGGUAACUUAAAUACAAUCUGAAAUAAUAUUAAAAUAGACUGAAUCUCUAUAAACAAAAUCUACAAUAAUUGAAACUGAAAAAUAGAUUUUUUUCAAUUAGAGGAACCCAUAUCAUAAUUUGAAGAAUUCAUAGAUUAUGUAUUAAUUUAUAUACAAUUUUAAGAGUUUCGAAUAUAAUAAAAAGUAAAGAGAUUUCUUUGAGCAUAAUGAUUUUCCUAAUAUUCAAGAACUUUAAAUUAAUUAAAUUAUAUAAAAUAAUCAACAAGAAAAUUAAUUUGCAAAUAGUCUAUUGAAUCAAGAAUUUCUGAUAGAUGAACCUCAGGAUGCUCUUAAAUAAAUGUUUAAAUAAGUAUUUUAUAUUCUUAGAUUCAAAAAGAGGAAUAAAAAUAAAAAUGAAAUUUUUGAAGACUAAGUAAAUUAUUAAUUGGCUGAAUUUGCAACCUAAAUAUAUAAAUAUUAAUCAAAUCAUAAUUAAAGUUUAAAUAAUGAAACCUAAAAUAUUUCUACUCAUAAAUUUGAAUAAUAAGUAUAUUAAAAAAGAAUUGGAAUUACAUUUAGUUGA